UGAGCUGAGAUUGUGUAAGAAAGUAGAAUGCAUAAAAGCAAGUUUCGAACGCAGAAACAUUGCGAUAAUAAUCAGUCUAGCGAGAAUGACAUGUAAUCUUAAAAUCAUUUGGAUCCUGUCUAUGUUGGUCUCUGAAAUACUAAAACAAGCCAAUCUACAAUAUGCGAUGUCAAUGUUCGGACCACCGAUGUUUCCAAUGCCUAUGUAUCCAGUACCACCUCCAAUGCCAAUGAUGGCUCAAUCUGCUCAGCUCAGACCUUCAGUAUCUUCAUCAUCAUCCUCAUCAGAAGAAAGCAAAAGUUCAACAACAACAACGACGACGACAGAGAAAAAAACUAAAAGAAAAAUACAUGUAGCGUUUCCUUUACCAAUGCCUCAACCAAUAGCGUUUCCAGCUGUUCCACCGAUUAUAUGCCGGGGUCCAUCAUCUAGGACCAAAAAAACAACACCACGUCCUUCCCAAUCACCAGUCAAUCUUCCAAUUAUAGCCCCACAACCAGUCGUGAUAGUUCCGUAUCCUCAACCUCGACCUGUGUAUGUGAAUCCUCCACGACGUAGACCAAAGAAAAAAUUGGUAACUAUAUGUUCAUCGUCCUCACAGCAAUCGACGGAUUCGGAUAGUUGUGAAUCUAAUCGUCCGAGACGGAAGUUCAGAAAACGUAAACGACAAAAUAUUUUUAGGAGAAGUCUUCGAAGUUCGGAAAGUGAUAACGAGUUACUAAAACCAAUGCUGAGCUACAUAGCGGAAAACGGUGAUGUUAAAUUCGAAACUAAGAUAAGCAAUGACGAUGUCGCUGAAUUACUUCGAGGAAAAGAUAAAACCAAGAGAAGACAUCAAACAGUGCAAGUGUUGAGUAAUACCGAUGAAGCGAAUAAACAACAAGUGAUAGUAAUAUCAAAUGAAAAAGAGACGCGUAGAAGUGGACCAGAUCGGCAUAAAAAGGUGUAUUUAAGAGGUGGUGUAUCCAAUCACGUACUCAGUGAUGGAAAAAAAGAAUUAAUAUUUAGACCAUCCGAUAAUAAGAAGAUCAGUAAUCUGUCAGUCUCAUUUCAAAUAAGUUAAAAUAUAUUGUUUGUUAUUUUAAAUAGUGUUAUAGAUACACGAUUAAUGUAUCACUCACGGA